GCACUCCGGUUUGUAGGAGCGGAGUGUGCUCGUCUCUCUCCCUGAGCAGGAGGAGGAAGCAGCAGCAAAAUCCAAGCUUUUCACAUUUCCAACAAUGCUUUCGACAGAACCUGCCUUCGACGGGAGCAGAAUGAUUAAAGGUUUGAAGACACCGAUGGAUACGAAUGAGAAUAACAAGUUUGAGCUGGAGAAGAACCAUGGCAAUCACUUGAGCAACCACAGUUCUGGCAUCUCUGAUCACUGGCAAUUCAACACCUCAACCUCCUCCAUGGCUGCCGGCCUUAUGAAUUUGGUGACCUCGUCUCCAUAUCCUUCAGCUUCGGAGAUGGAGCCCUUCACUCCUGGCCUCUGGAACCACCAUGCCGCUAAUUGUGUGCCGAUUGGAGAACCAGUUGCAGUGUCCUCCGGAGGGAUGCUGCCAUCGACUGUUCCUGGAAUUUCUUCCCCAAGACUGCCUCAUUUCCCCGCUGAAACGGCCUUAGUUGAACGGGCAGCAAGGUUUCCAUGUUUCAGUGGUGGUAAUUUUAGUGGCAUGAACCUCCUAUUUCGUCCAUCUGAAUCAAUGGUUCCAUAUACUAAUGCCAUGGAAGAUGUUACUGAGAUCCAGCUUGGGAAGACUGAAAUGAAUACAACUGUACAAAAUGGUGUCUUGCUCCCUGUUGACAAUGCAUCCGUCAACAGAGGUCUGAUCACUAAUCAAAUAGACUGCGAAUCCCGUGAAGCCAAUUUCACCAAAGGUGGUCAGGAAGGGAACACUGAUUCAUCUGAUGCAGCUAGGAAUUCAUCUCCUAAGAAGAGGAGGACCACUCAGAAGGAAGAGGUGAAAAGAGGCCCACAAUCAUCCUCAGAGACCACAAAGGAGACCACUGAAGGUAAACAAAAAGUAGACCAGAACAGCUCCGAGCACAGUGGAAAGAAUGGAAAAUAUAGCUCAGAAGCUGCAAAGGGGGAUUAUGUUCAUGUUAGAGCACGGCGUGGACAAGCAACUAAUAGUCACAGUCUUGCAGAAAGAGUAAGAAGGGAAAAGAUAAGUGAAAGGAUGAAGUAUCUUCAGGAAUUAGUGCCUGGUUGCAGCAAAGUCACAGGGAAAGCAGUUAUGCUGGAUGAGAUCAUAAACUAUGUUCAGUCACUCCAAAGUCAGGUUGAGUUCCUCUCCAUGAAGCUUGCUGCUGUCAAUCCACAACCCGAAUUCAGCACAGAAGGGCUUCUGGCUAAAAACCUUCUACAUUCUCAUGGUGGCUGCUCAUCUGCAACUGGAUUGCCGCAGGAGAUGAUUUAUCCUCAGGAGAGACAUGAAUGCUCAAUUAUCAACAACCAGUGUUUAUAAAGAGUCUUCUCUGCAGGUAAUCCUACUUAUCAGACCUUUAAUUCUACCUGAUUUGAGAUGAUAAAUCAGAUUAUAUUGAUUAUUACAUGUGAAAGAGAGUAGGUAUUUGGAUCAAGGACACCAAAAGGGACAAAUUGAAGGAGAAGGAAAGAGGUUCUGAGAUCUAACCAGAAUAAAUAAUUUAAGAAUGAUUGUAGAGGAAAUUUGUUUAGUGUCAUCUAUUUUUUUCGAGAAUCUGCUUUUCUUGAAUUGAAUUAUCUGUUUCUGUAGUUUAUGAUUGACUAUACAUAAACAUUUCAUUUUCUUUGACCUUAAAGUUGUUUACUAGGCUAUAAACCUUUUCCUUUUAUUCAAUUCCCAUGAAUCGAUCUUGCUUCAAGAUUUAUCCCCGGUAACUGUCUCAUUUGUUUUAUCUUUCUAAAAUUUUUUUUUGGUAAGUAAAAGUAAAUUGAUUAUGUGUAAAGUUUCUACAAAUAACUUUGUCUAUACAAGUCAUAGACGAAGCCAGGUAACUCAUAGAGUAUACAUGCGGUAGUUAUGACUACACAUGCUAUAGACUAUAACUCCUAAUUGUAGCCAACAAAUAAAAUGUAAUGUCCAGAUAUGCCAAGACUACCUGUGGGUGCAACAUUUAAUAUUAUGCCCAAGAUCUUUAGCUAAUAGUAAAAUUGAAUUUGACAAAAAUAUCUUUUUCUCUUCAUGUAAAGUGCUCCAUUUUGAGAUCGUGCUCCAUACAUGAUCUCGAGUCUCUAAUAAUUUCUGUCAAGAGCUGAGCAUUGUUUGUGUGUUGACACUCAAAGAUUCUGCUACAUCUCUCCUUCCACAUCCACCAAAUAGCACAUCUGAAAGUAAAAUUUGCCAAUUGUGUAAGAGGCCCUUUACUUGAGAAACAUUGUAUGAGGUCGUCUAAUUCUUGAUGUAAUUUUGGUUGCGGCAGCCUAUUGAGUUUGAAUCAUUGGAGAAUUUCCUUUCAUAUCCAUUUAGUAUAGUCACAAGAAAAAUAGAGGUGGUCAACAAUUUCUUCUUGUUGCAUACAAAGGGAGCAUCGGUUAACAUGAUAGAUACCUCUUCUCUUCAUAUUGUCUGUUGUAGGUAGUUUAUUAAGAAGGGCCUGUCAUGUACAUAAGGAAUGUCUUUGUGAUCUCGGUCGAUCCCAUGUCCAACUGCUUGGGAUCUACUUGUUAUUUCUUUGUCUGAUUUAAUUCCAUGCGGAUGUGGCACUAAAUUUACGAUUGUCAUGAGGCCAAAUAAGUAUAUCUGAAGAGUUGUUCCUGAUUGGAAUAGCUGUGAUAGUCGGCCAAAGUGAUAACAUUUCAAGAGAAAUAGGAUUAGGGAGACACCAGGUACCGUUAGUAAUGAACUCGGAAACCUUCGAAUCUUUGGGAGCCCCAAGGUCUUUUCGUAUUCUAUCACCAUAUAAUUGAAAUAUACUCUUCCCAUUCACCCAAGGAUCGUAUUAUAUAUUAGUACUAGUUCCAUAUGAGAUUGCAUAAGAAAUGUGUUUGAUUAGCCAAUUCUUUGCCUUUAAAAUUCCUCUUCUCAUACAAAAAAAAAAACUUUUUUUUUUAGUUAUUUAAGGUUCAAUUGUCGGAACUCAUCAUUUGAAACAUUUGGUAGCUAAUUAUAAUAAGCUUUCUAAUCAAUUUGGUAGUAGACUAGAAUCAACGAAGUCCGAAGAUAAUGAUACCUUGCAUAUAGUAAAAACUGAGAAAGAUUCUUCAGCAGAAUUGGAUCUUGGAUUUUUUGCUCUCACCUUCAAAUUGCAAGUUCUAACUGAUGAGUAACUGUCGACACAUAUGUAUAUAUAUAGCAACCUAACUUUGGUGUUUCUUUUUUCCUU